UGAAGGGACCAAGCCCACAAUCAUUGGCAGCCCAUUGCUUCUUCUUCUUCCGCAGUUAGGGCUUCCGUUUCCAGUCACUGCCGGACCGACCAGACCUCUGCGAGCGGAGUGGCGUUGCAUGUACCGGACCGAGCCGUCGUUAUCCGAAAUCGACCGCCGUUCCUUCGUUUCUGCCUUCGUUUCCUUGCCAUUGGAGCCAUUCUUUUCGGCCGACGGAGGUAAAAGAAAUGGCGGAGGUCAACAACACUGUCAAUGAAAUUCCUCCGAACAUGACCAUCUACAUUAACAAUCUCAACGAGAAAAUCAAGCUGGAAGAAUUGAAGAAGUCGCUGAACGCGGUUUUCUCACAGUUCGGGAAGAUUCUGGAAGUAUUGGCUUUCAAGACCUUGAAGCACAAAGGACAGGCUUGGGUUGUGUUCGACGAAGUCUCUUCCGCCACUAAUGCGCUUAGACAAAUGCAGGGCUUUCCUUUCUAUGAUAAGCCUAUGAGGAUACAAUAUGCAAAGACGAAGUCAGAUGUAGUAGCAAAGUCUGAUGGUACAUUUGUUCCCCGGGAGAAACGAAAGAGACAUGAAGAGAAGGGGAGGAAGAAAAAAGAGCAGCAUGAUGCUAAUCAAGCUGGGAUGGGUCUCAAUCCUGCCUUUUCUGGAGCAUAUGGUGCAACUGCGCACUCUCAAGUAUCUUAUACAGGCGGAGUUAUGGUGCCAGAGGCUCCUGCCCCACCAAAUAGCAUUUUGUUUGUACAGAAUCUUCCUCACGAGACGACUCCGAUGAUGCUACAGAUGCUUUUCUGUCAGUAUCCUGGUUUUAAGGAGGUUCGAAUGGUUGAAGCAAAGCCAGGCAUCGCAUUUGUCGAGUACAGCGAUGAGGUACAAUCAACAGUUGCCAUGCAAGCACUACAAGGUUUUAAGAUGAACCCGCAAAAUUCGAUGUUGAUAACCUAUGCGAAGAAAUAGAAAAACAGAUCUUGGAAUGCCACCUGCUGUCAUUCGAUGCUCAGUACAGGAGAUUGUUUGUAAAAUACUGUCAUCUCAUACUAGACAGAAAUUUUACCCUGCGUAUCCUAAUUGUUAUAAUCAUAUCACUGAUCUCAGAUCCACGCAGCGGUUGCUAUGAUUUGCCUCGAACUCUCAUAGUCGUAGUAAAGUUUGAUUUUCAUCGUUA